GGAUCUCGACGUCCAGCAGUUUUUAACAGCACUGGGGCAAUUAGGAUUCAUUUUUUGAGACAUCGCCGGGUGUUACCAUACUGAAUUGCCCGAGCUUCUCACUGUCCCCAUGGGCCAAGGUUGAGUAAUGCGCCGAGUGGUAGUUACGGGGCUGGGCGCCGUCACUCCCUUGGGAACUGGUAUCCGUCACACAUGGGGGCGUCUCGUGGAGGGCCACUGUGGUAUUGUAUCUGUGAAACAUAGACAUCCCGGAUUUACAGAAGUACCAUGUCAGAUUGCGGCCGUUGUGCCGCAGGGCCCCAAGGAGCUUGGCGGCUGGAGAGCAUCUGAAUGGGUGACUCGCGAUGAAGAAAGAAAAACCGCUCUGUUUGCACAAUACGCAUUAGCAGCAACAGAGGAAGCGCUCAAUGAUGCAGGGUGGAAACCCGGGACCCAGGAAGCAAUGGAAAUGACGGGUGUAUGCUUGGGAUCUGGAAUAGGGAAUUUCGAAGAAAUUUAUAACUCAUCCGUUGCCUAUGAUAACGGGCUACGUGAUAAAAAGGGAUACAGAAAGAUCUCGCCGUUGUUUGUUCCCAAGUUACUAAUUAACUUGGGCGCUGGACAUAUUUCAAUGAAAUAUGGCUUCAUGGGACCGAAUCAUGCAGCAACGACCGCAUGUACUACCGGUGCCCAUUCCAUCGGAGAUGCUGCUCGUUUCAUUGCACAUGGUGAUGCCGAUGUAAUGGUUGCGGGUGGAGCCGAAUCCUGCAUCCACCCACUUGCAAUCGGAGGAUUCGCACGGUGCCGGAGUCUUGCUACGGAUUUUAACGAUCAGCCUAAAAAAUCCUCUCGUCCGUUUGAUAGAGAUCGCCAAGGAUUUGUUGUCGGUGAAGGUGCCGCUGUCGUGAUCCUGGAGGAAUUAGAACACGCCACAUCCCGUGGAGCACGUAUUUAUGCGGAAUUAAAGGGUUACGGCUGCUCGGCGGACGCAUACCACAUGACAGCGCCCAAGGAGAACGGUAAAGGUGCUUUACUGGCCAUGCAACGUGCAUUGAAAAAUGCCGCAUUACCGCCGAGCAAGGUUGACUACAUUAACGCGCAUGGUACUUCCACUGUCAUCGGAGAUGCUGCGGAAAACGCCGCUAUUAAGACGCUCCUUCUUGGCUCUGAAGGAAAAGAAAGGCCUUCGGAUAUCAACAUCAGUAGCACAAAGGGUGCCAUAGGACAUUUGCUGGGAGGAGCUGGUGCUAUAGAAGCAGUCUUCUCCGUCCUAACAAUCUACGAGGGAAUACUUCCACCAACCAUCAACCUUGAAAACACAACAGAGGAGUUUGACUGCAAUUACGUGCCGAAUGUGGCACAGGGUAGAGAAGUGGAUGUCGUCCUGACAAACAGUUUUGGGUUUGGAGGGACGAAUAGUAGUCUAUGCUUCGCGAGAUAUCGCCAGUAG